AUGUCUUCUUACGAUGGCUCGCGGUCCGCCCGCCAGUCCAAGCGGUACUCUAUGUCCGCGCUUUAUCUCUCAAUCGCAAACGAUGGAGAUCUCGAAAUUGAGGACGAUCUUGCUAAAGCUCAGAAGACGCUUCGAGAACUCAAAUCCAAGAUCUCUUCCCAAUCCAAGAAGAACUUCGUCCUUGAAAAGGAUGUUCGCUACUUGGACUCGCGCAUCGCCCUGCUCAUCCAGAACCGCAUGGCCCUUGAGGAGCAAAACGAAGUUGCCAGCCAUCUUGAAGAUGCCACCGAUAUCCAGGAAGGAGUAUUUCCCAAUGACGACAAGACUCAGAAAUACGGCAACCUGAUGUUCCUGCUCCAAUCUGAGCCCAGACACAUCGCUCACCUUUGCAGACUUGUCUCCAUGGCUGAGAUCGAUUCACUCCUGCAGACUGUCAUGUUCACAAUUUAUGGUAACCAAUACGAGAGUCGAGAAGAGCAUCUUCUCUUGACCAUGUUCCAGUCUGUCUUGACGUACCAGUUUGACAACACACCCGAAUACUCGUCGCUCCUGCGAGCCAAUACCCCUGUUUCCCGUAUGAUGACGACGUAUACAAGGCGUGGUCCCGGGCAGACCUUCCUCAAGUCUGUCCUUGCCGACAGGAUCAACAGCCUUAUCGAACUUAAGGACCUUGAUCUCGAGAUUAACCCUCUCAAGGUGUAUGAGCGCAUGGUGGAGCAGAUUGAAGAGGACACUGGCAGCCUCCCCGCGUCGCUUCCUAAGGGUAUCACGGCCGAGCAAGCUGCCGAGAAUCCUCAGGUACAGGCAAUCAUCGAGCCGAGACUUACUAUGCUGACCGAGAUAGCGAAUGGCUUCUUGACGACGAUUAUCGAGGGGCUUGAGGAGGCUCCAUAUGGCAUUCGAUGGAUUUGCAAGCAGAUUCGUAGCUUGACCAAGCGAAAGUACCCGGAUGCCAAUGACCAGGUUAUCUGCACGCUUAUCGGUGGCUUCUUCUUCCUGCGCUUCAUCAACCCCGCCAUCGUCACGCCCAAAUCUUACAUGUUGAUUGACGGAAUCCCGUCCGACCGCCCAAGACGCACCUUGACGCUUAUCGCCAAAAUGCUCCAGAACCUUGCAAAUAAGCCGUCGUACGCCAAGGAGCCAUACAUGGCUAAGCUCCAACCCUUCAUCCAAUUGAACAAGGAGAGGGUUAACAAGUUCAUGCUUGAGCUUUGCGAAGUUCAGGACUUCUACGAAAGCCUCGAAAUGGACAACUAUGUUGCCCUGUCUAAGAAGGAUCUAGAAUUGUCCAUUACCCUGAACGAAAUCUAUGCCAUGCAUGGCCUUAUCGAGAAGCACCACAGCGAGCUUUGCAGGGACCCGAACUCGCAUCUCACCAUCAUCAUGACCGAACUAGGACCUGCCCCCGCCCAAGUUCCUCGUAAGGAGAACAGGGCUAUUACUCUACCCCUCUUUAGCCGUUGGGAGACUGCCAUUGAUGACUUGACAGCGGCCCUGGAUAUCACGCAGGAGGAGGUAUAUUUCAUGGAAGCCAAGUCCAUCUUCGUGCAGGUCAUGCGAUCAAUCCCUCCCAACAGCAGUGUAGCCAGGCGACCUUUGAGGCUCGAAAGAAUUGCCGAUGCUGCCGCCACCAGCCGGAACGAUGCUGUCAUGGUGCGUAAGGGCAUCCGUGCCAUGGAGCUCCUGUCACAGUUGCAAGAUCUUAGAGUUAUCGACAAGGCCGACCAGUUUGCGACUCUGCGCGACGAGGUUGAGCAGGAGCUCCAACAUCUUGGCUCCCUUAAGGAGGGUGUACUCAUUGAGACGCAGAAGCUGCAAGAGGUCUACAAGACGAUUCGCGACCACAACACCUAUCUCGUCGGCCAGCUGGAGACAUAUAAGAGCUAUCUCCACAACGUUCGAUCGCAGAGUGAGGGCACGAGGAGAAAGCAGCAGAAGCAUGCCGUGCUAGGUCCAUAUAAGUUUACCCAUCAACAGUUAGAAAAGGAGGGUGUCAUCCAACGCAGCAACGUUCCGGACAAUAGGAGAGCCAACAUCUACUUCAACUUUACGAGUCCACUCCCCGGGACCUUCGUCAUCUCAUUGCACUACAAGGGACGCAAUCGUGGUUUGCUUGAACUAGAUCUGAAGCUAGAUGACUUGCUUGAGAUGCAGAAAGAUGGCCAAGAUGACCUUGAUCUUGAAUACGUGCAGUUCAACGUACCCAAGGUUCUUGCGCUCCUGAACAAGCGAUUCGCAAGAAAGAAAGGGUGGUAA